CUUCUUUGGUAAAAUGGCAUCUUUACUCACUAGUUUCAUGGCACUUGCUCUCACUAUAUUUUCUUACAAUUUACCUUUUUAUGAUGCUUUACAAGUUACAUAUGAUAAUCGCGCCUUAAAAAUUAAUGGUCAGAGAAAACUCAUCAUUUCUGGUUCCAUUCACUAUCCUCGUAGCACAGCUCAAAUGUGGCCCUCUUUGAUCAAAAAGGCAAAAGAUGGUGGCCUCAACACUAUAGAAACUUAUGUUUUUUGGAAUGCUCAUGAACCUAAUUACCGAGAGUAUGAUUUUUCGGGAAAUAAAGAUUUGAUACAGUUUCUCAAGGCAGUAAAAAAUGAAGGGCUUUAUACUAUGCUAAGAAUAGGUCCAUACGUUUGUGCAGAAUGGAAUUUUGGAGGAUUUCCUGUGUGGUUAUACAACAUGCCAAACACAACUUUCAGAACCAACAAUGCAGUAUUCAUGAGGGAGAUGGGAAUCUUCACAAAGAAAAUUGUAGACAUGGUAAAAGGAGAGAAACUUUUUGCUAGCCAAGGGGGAAAUAUUAUCCUUGCCCAGAUUGAAAAUGAGUAUGGGAAUAUUAUAUCGCACUACGGAGAAGAAGGAAAGAAGUAUAUAAAUUGGUGUGCGGAUUUUGCUCUUUCUCUAAAUAUUGGAGUGCCUUGGAUCAUGUGUCAAGAGGAUGAUGCUCCCAAAACUAUGAUUAAUAUCUGCAAUGGAUUUUAUUGUGGUCAAUUCUGGCCUAAGACCAAUAACCCUAAAUUUUGGACGGAAAAUUGGAGUGGCUGGUUUAAGAACUGGGGUGAUGGAGACCCUCACAGACCUGCCGAAGAUCUUGCAUUUGCUGUUGCUCAUUUUUUUCAAUAUGGUGGAUCUCUACAAAACUAUUACAUGUACCAUGGUGGAACAAAUUUCGGAAGGACAUCGGGUGGACCAUACAUUGCUACAACAUAUGACUACAAUGCUCCCCUCGAUGAAUAUGGCAAUGUGAACCAACCAAAGUGGGGGCAUCUCAAGGAACUCCAUAACCUUUUAUAUUCAUUGGAGGAUGUACUUUUGUAUGGCAAUGCAACCAACACUACAGAUUAUGGAAGGAUGAUGUCUUCAACAGUGUAUGAAUACAAUGGGAAAAGGGUAUGCUUCUUAGGAAAUGCAAACGACAAAGAUGACAUAUCCAUCACCUUUGAAGGCAAGAAUUACACCACUCCUGCAUGGUCUGUCACAAUUCUCCCUGACUGCAAAACCGAAGUUUAUAAUACAGCCCGGGUUAAUGCUCAAACAACUGUGAUGGUAAAGAAGCUAAGUGAAGGGGCAUUGAAAUGGUCAUAUAGGCCUGAAACUGUUAUGCAUCUCAAGUAUGGUCACAAAAAUCAAAGCUCAGAAUUGAUAGAUGCUCUUGAUGCCAAACAAUUGUUCGAUCAGAAAGUUGUAACAAAUGAUACUACUGAUUACUUGUGGUACAUGACAAGUUUCAAGAUAGAUGAAAACAAUCCAAUUUUGGGUCAAGAGCUUACUCUUGAAGUUAAUACCAAAAGCCAUGUCCUCCAUGCCUUUUUUAACAACAAGCACAUAGGUUCUGAGUGGGCUCAAGAUGAUGGAAAGUUUACAUUUUCAUUUGAAAGGAAUGUAAAACUCCGAAAAGAUAUCAAUACAAUUUCUUUACUUAGCGAGACUGUCAGACUACCAAAUUAUGGACAAUAUUUUGAAAAGGUAGGACAGUAUCUACGAAAAAUGAACUGCAAACUAGCUAGUGAGAUAGAGAUUGUAACCAAUGCCAAUAAAGUAUAUCAAACUCAAGUAGCUGAUAGGAAUGUCUUACUUAAAGAAGCAGCUGAUUGA